AUGUCAAAGCAACCAACUUAUGAUAUAAUGUGCAAGUUUCUAAUCCUUGGAUCUUCUUAAGUGGGAAAGACAAAUCUUUUAACACGAUUUACUGAUGAUAACUAUAGUGAAAGUCAUAUUACUACAAUAGGAGUUGAUUUUAAAUUCAAAGAAGUGAAAACAAAUGGCAAAGUAAUGAAAAUGCAAAUUUGGGACACUGCUGGAUAAGAGAAAUUUAGAACUUUAACAUAAAAUUAUUAUAAAUUUGCUCAUGGAGUAUUGCUUGUUUAUGCUGUAGAUGAUUUGAAAUCAUUUCAAGAAAUCACAUUUUGGAUGAAUUCUUUAAAGCAACAUGGCAAAAAUGAUAUUGCAAUAAUUUUGAUUGCUAAUAAGAAAGACAUAGGUGAUUAACGAGUCGUAUCGUAAUAAUAAGGAGAAGAAUUAGCAAAUUAAUUAAAUGUGGAUUAUAUUGAAACAUCAGCCAAGUUAGGUCUAAAUGUUCAUGAGGCAUUUUAAAGAUUAGCUGAUCUAGCAUGUUAGCAAUGUAAUGGUAAGGUUUCAUUGCCAAAUCUUACAGAAGACAAUAAUUAUAAAAUAAACUUAACCAAAAAUACAAAAUCAGCAUAAAAAAAAAAGAAGGAUUGUUGUUGA